AUGAGUUCAGUGAGCCGACCGACAAGUGGUAAUAGCACAACCGGAAGCGGUGGCGGCGGAAAUAGUGGUGGUGGAGGAAUUCGUGGAUUUUUCUCAAAACUUCGAAAACCAUCUGAUCAAUUGAUUGCAUCGCAACAGGUUGGUUUUUCUUUUUGAUUUUCGUCAAUCUGAGUGAACAACACGAGAAAAAACAAGUGUGCUCUUUGAUUCGCGAAAAAAAAAACUAUAAGAAAAAGAUAGAAGAUAUCUAUAUAUCUUGUCAUUUUCGCUCUUGUUUUGACUUCUCCUGUGUCAGGAAAAAAUAAAAUAAAACAAAAAGAACUGACUGACAUCAGGUGAUUGUUGUUAUGAUACCGGUUCCAGCGAUUUAUGUGAGUUUUGGGCUUUUGGUGGGAUUUUUGGUGUGGCAAAUGGCGAAAAAUAUGAGAGACGGGGGGAACUUUGUCUUUGAAGCAAUCUUAUAAUUCGAAAUAAUCUGUUUUUUUCAUAAGCUGAAUUUUUUGUGAAAUAUUUUUUAUCGAGCAGAAUUAAGAGGAAAUUAGAACUCACCUUUUGACUCUAAAAAUCUACACGAUUUUUUGACGAAAAAUCAAACUAGAAAAAUUAAAAAAUCCUUGAAAGUUUGCCAAAGUGCACAUUUCACGCCAAAAUGAGCACAAAAACUAUUUUUCCUUCUCCGUCUCAUAAAUAUAUUAUUUUCCGUGAUUUUUCUAUUGUUUGCCCAUAAAAAUCGGAUUAUAAUUUUGACAUUAGAAAUAAUCAAAUGAAAUUGAAAAAUUGAUAUGAAAGAGAACAAAAACACAGUUUCAACUUUUUGUUUUUUUGUUGCUUUCAAAAUUAUUAGUACGUGAUAAGAAAAGAGAAUACCAUUUUCAAGAUCAAAAAAGAAUGAAUGAUUGAUUUAAAAAUCAAUUGAAAAUGUAUCAUUGUCUUCGCUUUUUUGGGUCUUUUGUUGAUAUUUUUUGCGCGGUUGUUGAAAAAAAAAACCGGCGAAAAAAUAUCAUUUUUCAGCUGCGAAUGACAUGUGUUUUUUCUUAUUUUCAUUUUAUUCAGUCACUCAUUUAUUUGUGUUCCUUGUAUUUUUGAGUGAAUGUGGUAUCUUAUUUUGGUGUUGGUUAGUUAUUUUUUAUUUCUUUCUUGGUAAUACAUUUGUAUUUCCUGCUGCAACAAAUCCAAUUUUCCUGAACACCACCGCUGAUUUUUUUUGUUUUUUCUCGUGACUCAAAAAAAAACAGAAAAACAAGAAAAAGAAAAGUGAGUUGAUUAGGCUGGAAAACGAAAAUGUGGCUCGAAAUUUAUUACUUGAUUUUAGAAUUUUAUAGCCUCGAGAUAUUCUCCAGAUUGAAGAAGUUUUUGAAAUUUCGAAUUUUUACAAGAUAUAACGUUUUUAAGAAUAUGUUUUUAAAAAGUCUAAUUUUGAUGAAAAUUAUCUUUGAAUCACAUCUUAACUUUCUAAAUUUUCCGGAAGUUGAAAAUUUAUAGCUACCAGAUUUUUAUCGAAAAGUUUUGGUUGGAAAAUCUGAAUUUGCCAAAAAUGUUUUUGAAUGAAAAUUUUGGAAAUGUCAUCACCGUAUUCUCGAUUUUGAAUGUUUGGACCCAUUUUUUAUUAUCUCUAAAAAUUUUGAACAGAGAAGUUUUCGCUCGAAAAAUUUUACGACUAUCCAAAAUCUAGUUUUUGGAGAUACUAACUUUGAAAAUUUCAUAAGUUCUCGAAAUAUUUACUAUCUGAACAUUUCAUUUCAUCUUUUGAAAAUCUGAAUAUUUCAAAAUAGAAGCUAGAAUUUAGUUGGAAAUUCCAAAGUUUCAGCUCUUUUUUAGCCAAACUCUGAAUUAAUCAACAUGUUCAAUCUAAUUCGACUAAUUUUUGAUGACAUGUUUUUUCUUUCUCGGAAUUCUCUGAAAAUUGUCUUCUCCCCCAUACAAAAAAACCACCACCAAAAAUAGAUAAAAUCUAAAACCUCAAAAAACUCUGCCAUAAAAAGUGAGUGUUUUUGCAGUGUUCCUGUCGAAAACAACGAGAAACUUUAACUUUUUCGAUUAUUUUUUGUUUUUCUCACUCACUCACUCGAAAAAACGUUUUUUAUUUCAUUUUUUUUCGUCGGAAAAAAAAAGAAAAUGAGAAAAAACACGAUUUUUCCUGUUUUUUUUCGGCUGACUUUCGAAUUUUUUCUGUAUUAGUCAUGGGAAAAAGAAUUUUCCAGAGCCAUCAAAUUAAAUUGAAAUUGAAAAAAAGUUUUGCCUUUCUCUUUUUGCUCAUUAUUUAUUUCGUUGUCCUUCUCGUUUUUUGCUGUGAAAAAUUGUGAAUUUUUUCGGUUUUGGCUUCAAAUUCUUCGAAUGUGCUGGAAGUUUAACCCGCUGAAAGCGUUGAGAAUUGUUGAGGUUGGUUUUUUGAAAUAAAACAAAUAAAUUGAGCUGACAGGUUGAAAAAAUGGGGAUACUGUAAUUAUUCUUACUGUUGGAGAAAAAUCAGCUGGAAUUUUUGAUGUGUCGAAAAAAAACAGAAGGUAGACAGAGAAUUUCAAAAGUUCAAUUUAUUCGGGAAAAUUUGAUGAAAACGCAUUUUUGAUGAGAAAUUCUUUUUUUGAAGUUUUAUAUUUUAUGAAAAGCAUUUUUCGAAACAAUUUUCAUUUUGAAUUGAAAAUGAAUUUUUUCUGGCAAAAUUUCUGAAUUUCAAUGUUGUUCGUUUUUUUCAAAUUUACGAUCUCUCUCAUCAAAAAAUUUAAUUUUCAAAAAUUUUUGAACUUUUUUUUUCAUUUCGAAAGUUUACACGUUUUUUUAAAAUUCAACUUUUCCGCAAAUUUUAUGAAUAUAAAAGUUAGUUUUAAUCACACCAAUUUCGAGAAAAAAACCAAAUUGUAAUAUUUAACAGUGGCUCUCCUUGACUUUAUCCAGAAAUCUUCUGAAAACAAAAACUGGAACAGGAACUAUAAUUUUUCCUUGAUUUUUGAUCUGAACUACAAAUGUCAGAUUGUUUUCUUUGGAAAAUAAUUAUUCCAUAAAAUUUUACGAUUUUCCCAAAAAACGAAAAUUGUUGUUGUUUUUGUUUUCAACUAGAACUGAAAUAAAUAGAAAACGAUUAUACAGAAUUAUGAAAAAAAAACAACAUUUUUGUUUGAAUUUGUUUGUUUUCCCACGAUUUUAUGCUAAAAUAUUUGAAUUUUUCAAAAAAAAAACACGGAAUGAAACAGAUGUAUUAGAAGUUUAUAGAGACCGACAGCUGAAUUUCUCGAAUUGUUCCCAAAUGAAUCAUUGUCUGGGCGCGCAGCUGAAAAAAAGUGAAAGAAAUUCGAGACUUUUGUUUUUGUUUUCAACCCUCAUUUUCGUUUUUAUGUUUCAUGAGUCGCUCGUUUUUUUUCGCUUUUUUCAUUAGCCUGAAAUCAGAGAGCUCAUAUUGAAUUCUUACGAGCCGAGUAUAUUUUUUGCUCCUUUUUCUUGUGUAUACACAAGCAAAAAACGACAUGAAUUAAUUGGAUUUUUCGUUUGUUUUUUCUUCGCUAAAGGGUCUUGAGGAGAAUAAACUUUUCUGGAUUUUUUCGAAAAAUUUAUAACAGUCCAAUAAGUUUAUGAUGUGGCAAAAUACAUCAUUUCGAGUUCAUAUUGCUCUUCAGGAGCUUUUACCUUCGGAAGAUCUGAUUAAGCAUCGAAGUCUAAAAAUACUUGUUUCCAUCGACGUCUAAAUAUAAUGAUCAGUACAACUUUUGAUCUACUUUCUAAAUCUCUUGUGAUCCAUGCUGUUUCGGGUUCAAUCUAUAUACUUUUUCGGUUGAUCAAUUGUUAAAUUCACCAUACUAUCGUUACUUGGGCCACUUCAAGGAGUUUUUUGGCGCCCGAAGAUUUUUGGAAUAGCUAUCUCUGAUUUUUUCUCGGCUUUCUAAAAAUGUGUAUUCUUUGAGUCGGCGACCUUCGCUUGUUGGAAAAAUUGUGUCGUUCUCGAAAUUGAAAAAAUAAACGAAGAAGAAAAAUAAAACUAAACCAGUUUUAUUUUGUCUCGAUUUUUUCUGUUAUCAGUCUGUCAAAGUCGAAAAAAAGUUGUUGUCCUUUAUUGUUGGCUAUUAUAUGUACAUUUAAUGGGGGUACUUUACUUUCGAAAAUUAUUGUUAAUUUUCCCAACUUUUUUUUCUGUUCGCGCCCGCCGAUCAUCGUUUCAUUUCAUUUUCAUUUUGUUGUCUUGAUAGGUGACAAGAAGUUGUUAGAUUGUUUAAAAAUAGAAUUUGUCUGGCUUAUUAUUUGUUGGAACUCUUGGGAAUUUUGAUAUAAUUAGGUUGUUAUAAUAAAUAUGUUAGUUUUGAUUUGGAUUUUUCAGUGUUUUUGAGUGGGAAGAUUUGAGUCUGAAGAGCCAGAGUACAAUUCAAAAAAAAACAUAUAAAAGUGUUAUUUUUAGUGGCUUACUAUGUAGUCAAACCUUCUUGUCAGCUUUCUAAUCAAAUCAGAUCUGUUCAAAAUUCAAGACUCAAUUCAAACGAUGCUUUCGUAGUAGCUGAGAUUCAGAAUUUUGAGCUCUGAAAUUUUAGUCUUCCACUUUAUGACAAAGAAACAUUCAACAUUUGACAGUACACAUUUUUCAAAACCCAUAUUUUUCCCAAAUUAAAACUCUUUUUAAAAAAUUUCACGUGAAUCAGUGUGAAUCUUUUCAUUUCUCAUUUUAUUUUCUGAAUAACUGAUUCUAAUAUAUUUCCUAUUCUGGUUUCACUACAGAAAACGAUUAUCUUGUGAGUUCACGAAAUUUCAGCUGUUUCCAAAAUCCUAGACUUUUUUCGUCACACAAACUAUAAAAAAGUGGAACUUUAGUCUAUUUCUUAUUUUCUUCGUUUUUAAGUGUCUUCUAUCAUUUUUAUGAUAACAGAAAUUUCGUCGAUCAUUAACAAAACCGCGCGUUUUUUCUCGAUUGAUCCGAAAAAUCAAUUUGUUCACCUUUUUUCAUACUUUGAUCUUUUAUUGUUGCUAUUGGGGAAAACAGCGAUUUUUUAUAGAAAAAAAAACAAGAUGAAGAGAAGAAAAAGAAGAAAUCUCUUCAUUUUCCAAGAAAUCUUCGCUGGAAGAAGAAGAAAAAAUGAAGAAAAUAUUUUAAUUAACAUUGUUGUUGUUGUUACCUACGUUUUUUCGCGAUUUUUCAUUUUCCAUUUUUUUGUUGUCUCCAUUCAUUCUUCUCAUUUUUCUUUCUCUCACACAUUUUUUGCAUCCAUCUCUGCGUCUCAUUUCGGGUUUUUUCUCGUCCGCCGAUUUUUCAACUACUACUACACUACUUCUGUUUCUGUUGUGCAUCAUCUUUUUUUUUGCCGUCGACUGCUUUGUUUUCUGAUUUUUUUCUCUUCGUUUUUUCAGUGUGGCUGUGUGUGCAAGAAUAGAAUAGAGGCACAAAUUUUUGAAAAGAUGGUCCAUUGUGUUGUGCUCUCAACACACAACAAUUCCAUUUUUUAUUGAUUUUCGCUCCGUUUUUUCUUCGUUUUUUUUCGGUGUUUGCCAUGCCUUGUUGAAUAAUGAGGUUAGAAGACUCCUCACAAUUUUUUUGACUCAGAAAGAAGAUCUUUUUUUGAGCGAGAGAGAGAGAAAACCACGCUUUUUUGCAUCUAUUCUAGGAAAUCCCAAAAAAUAAUAACAGUUUUUGUUUGCUAAACACUUGUUGGCAAUUUGCCAAUUUUUUCUGUCUGUUGGAAUUUUAGGAUAGUUCUGAGAGCAGUUUGAUUUUCCGUGUCAAAAUUUUAGACGAAUUAAAAGCCGAACCCCCGUAAGUUUUUUCUCGAUUCUGAAUCUUCUAGGCUCUGAGUUUUAGUGUCUGAACUGACCGACUUUGAAAAAUUAGUCCAAUUCGGGGUUUUUCUCUAAUAAAAUUUCCUAUCAGUUUUAUGUGGAUUUUCUUUGUCCUAGAAUUUUAGAAAGGAAUCCAGAAUAUCAGAUAUUUGUUGUUUCCAGUUCUGUUGGUAAUAAAACUAUAGCUACUCCCGUGAAAUUCAGAAAUUCACAUUCUGAUAACCAAGUAGAAAUACAUAUUGGCAAUCUUCCAAACUAUUUUUUCGAAAUGAUCUUAAUCGCCUGAUCUUUUCCUUUUCUCCCAUCUUUAACUUUUUGCACUCACUCGAUCAAAUAGUUUUUCUGAGGAAUCAAACAUCAAUAAAAAAGUAAUCGUUGAUAACACAAACACAGCCUUCUUCGCCCCUUUUCCAACCCAUUUUCCAAUAUAAAAACAACAUUUUUGUUGUUCUUUUUCAUUUUUUUGUUCAUUCGAGACUAAAAAUCAGAGGAGUAAACAAUAUUAUUGUGUUUUUCUGUGCGCUCGUUUGUAUUUAUACAUAUUUUUCCUCUUCGUUUUUUCAAAAAAACAAAAUUUGAAAUUUCUUUAGUUUAGCUCUUUUUCCAAUUGUAACAUCAAACGACGCCGCGAUGUUUUCCGGAAGGAAUCAUCAUGAACCAAUUGUGGUAAGUUAUCAAAUCAUUCAAACUACACAUUUUUGCUGGUUUUUCAUGAAAACACGUGACCCAAUCAAGGUUGAUGUGAACAAAAAUGAGAGAUAGAAACUUUUAGGCGCCAAAAAAACCAAAGAAAAAAGAUAAUUGCCAGUUUGCCCACCAAAAACCACCAUGUCUCAAAGGGCACAUGAAUAAAAAUCAAAAAAAGUUUGGGAAAAAAGAGAGAAAAGUUUUUUGUUGAAACAAAAUUGUGAAAUUUUUAGGUUCAAGUCGGAUCGAGAACAUUCGAAGCGCAUGAAUUGCAAAAGCUAAUACCACAAUUGGAAGAAGCAAUUGGUCGAAAAGAUGCUCAAUUAAGACAACAACAAGUUAUUGUUGAGGGACAUAUUAAACGAAUUUCGGAAUUGGAACAAGAAGUUACAUCACUACAGGUACGUUAUUUGAUAUUAUUUUUUAAAGAAAAAACAUUUGAUUUUUGGAAAAGUUAGUUUUCUGAUUCUGAAACUUCGUUUUCAUUAACUUGUUUUGAAAAUCCAGGAUUUACAUUCGGCAACUAUGAUAUUCGAAAUUCGUUAGCAAAUUUUCAAUCAGAAAUAUAACGAAAACAUUUUUAUGAGUAUUUCUCAAAAUGAAUAAACUUUCUAAACAUUGGAGAUGAACAUAACUUUCGGGAAAAAAAAUAAAAUUCUGAAAAAACGGAAAAUUAUGUGGCAGAACCGAACUAUCGAUCUCAAUAGAUCGGCCACAAGAAUUUCACGGUUUUUUUUUCAAUUUUCGCAUUUUUGUGAAUAUUCAUGUUAAGCUCCAUUCAUCAAAAUCGUAAUUAGAAUCUGAUUUUUGAAAAGUUUGAACAAAUAAUUUUCAAUGUUUUUUCCUUGAUUUUUUUGUAGUAAACGUUCUCUGGAAAAUAACGAACUUUAUGUUAUAUUUCUGAAUGAAAAAAAUCCAGGAAAUUAUAUGUUUCACAAAUUUUCAAAAAACCCAAACAAUUUUUUAAUCCGAUACUUAUAGGAUGUUCUUUUGAAAUCAGAUUUCAAAGAAGAUGAAUUUUUCGAAAAAAAAAAGAAUUCUAUUUCAAAACAAUACCCAGAUUUGUUCUGAUUUCAGCGAGAAUGUGACAAACUUCGAUCAGUAUUAAAUCAAAAAGCAACAUCAGCAGCGAGUCCUGUUCAACCACCAUCUCCUCGACCAGGAGAUCAAAAUGAUUUGCAACAAGAUCAACCACAACGUGCCAAGAAAAUUGCCGUCUCUGCCGAACCAACUAAUUUCGAUGAUAAACCAACAACUCUUCAACAUUAUAAUAAAACUAUUGGGUUAGUUUGAAUUGUGUUUGUUCAUGUGUCUAACUAUAGUAUAGUUCAAAAAUCGAUUCAUGAAUCUCCAAAAAUUUUAUUUCAAACAAAAGAAAAUUAAAAUAAUUCGCGAUUUAUUUAUCGAAGAAACAAGGAGAAACAGUUUUUCACAUUUCUUGAAUUGAAAAUUUUUUACAUGAAAAGUUUUUAGAUCAGUGGUGAUUCUGAAGCUAAAUUAAAUUUUUACCGAUCCAAAAAUACACGAAGUUAUAUAAUUUUUCAGCAAAAAAGCACUUUAGAAAAUCAAAAACCUCCUACUAGAUUCACCCUUGACAAUUCUUCAAAUACAAAAAUAAUUUUCAUUUGCAUUUCCUUCUUCAUUUUUCUUGUUUUUUUCAGAGCCAAACAAUUGAUUCGCGAAGCUGUUUCGAAAAACGAUUUCCUCAAAAAAUUUCUCAAAAGAACAAAUUGUGGAAUUGGUGAAUUGUAUGUAUGAAAUGAGAGCUCGAGCCGGUCAAUGGGUUAUUCAAGAAGGUGAUCCAGGAGAUCGCCUUUUUGUUUUAGCUGAAGGUGAAUGUCAAGUAUCAAGAAAUAAUGAAUUAUUGGGAAAAGUGAGAGCUGGAACUGUUAUGGGAGAAUUGGCCAUUUUGUACAAAUGCAAUCGGUUAGUUUUUUUAUUAAUCAAAAAUUGGGUUGUGGGUUUUGCAGUUGGGUUUGGAAAAUAUGGAAUUUUCAAAUGAACAUUUUACUUUUAAAAAAUCCCAGGCUAUUCUGAAAAAUUUUCAAAUGGAGAGGUUACUUUUCUUAAAUAUUCUUCGAAAAGCCGAUGAAAAAAUAUAGAGAAUAUUAUUUUGAUUAGAGACAACUACAAUUGAGAGAGUCUAGAGGAAACUUAGUUUUUCGAUACGUUGUCUCUAAUCAGAUAAAUAUUCUGUAUUUUUUGUUUUUUGAAAUGGAAAAAAUAAAAAAAAAUAUGGGCCUUCAAUUUACAAGAGUCAAAUGAAUUUUUUAAAUUUCAGUUUUGAAUAGUUUUUUGAGGUUGGCUUAUCUUUUAAAUCUCAAAAUUCAAAAAAUCCCCUCAACGCUUCAAAAAUUUAGCUCAACAAAAAUCAAAUCAAUAAAAUAAUUUCUGCGAUAUUAUACAUAAUUAAUCAGAGAAAGUGUUUUGUUUUGUUUUGUUUUUUCAUUUUUUCUUCCAAUCUAAACAGUUUUUUCUUCUUCUUCUUCUUUUUCCAUAUCAAAUAUAUAUUACAUAUAUAUUGAUAGUUUUUUUUUUCGAAAAAAAACAAACCUGAAAUGAAAUGAUACUGAAUAGUUUCUUUUUUAGAAAUGAUUUUGUGUGUUUUUUUUUCUUUUUCGCUUCUUUUUUUGCUGAUCAUUGAAUCGGAUCGGAUUUCUGAUGAGGAUUUUAGAGGCUUUUAGAAUUGAAAGAAUAUCACAUUUUCUGUGAACUAGCAUUUUUUUACGAUUCUCUGAAAAUUGACAAAAAAAUGAUUCAUAUUUUUCUCACAGUCAUAUUUUUUGUCUAGGAAUUUUUUAUGAUUUUUUUUCUAAAAAAUAGAAAUUUCAACUAAAAAUAGAUGAAUCUAUAAAUAAAACAUGGCUAAUCAGCAAACUUUUACUUUAUUCGCCAGGAGGUCGAAAUGUUCAGUUAUAACCGGAUUUUUUGCUUUUUCUCUAUUUGCUUACUCGUCUCUCGGAACAGACUUUUGAAAGUUUGCAGAAAAAUAUAUUAUAUUUUUAGAUUUCCCCAUUUCAUUUCAGUCUUGAUUUUUCUUGUCUCGUCACAAAAGGUUACCUUGGACGAAACACAGAUGUUAUCUAUUUUUUCUCAAAUUUUUGGUUUCACUUUUUUCUUCUCGUCUUCCUUCUUUACCUUUUUUGAUGAACACUGUAAUAUUGACCGGAAAGGCCAGUUUUCGAUCUGAAGACGAUGAGACAUUUUCAAAGUUCACUUGAAAUUUGAGCCGUUUUUAUUUUAUAUUCAUCACCUGAGAACUAACUCGUGGUCAAAAAACUUUGAGCCUAUAUUUUUCGCCUCUUUCUCGAAACAAAAUUCCAUCAAAGAUUUUUGAUUUCUGAAUUUUUAUUCUUCUCUGAAAAAGGCGUGAGAUUUUCUUCUUUUUUAUCAAAUAUUUAUCAGAUGAUAUUUUUCAAUUUUUUGAAACCAGAAACCGGUCAGCUAUUUUUGUUUUGUUUAGUUUAGUUCUAAAUCCCUAUGAAUCAUUUGUUUUUGAAAUUGGACCUGUAAAUUUGAAAUAAUUUUUGAAAAUGAUUCUUUAUAAAAGUUCUAUUUUUCAUUUUUUCGUAAACUUCUGCAUCUGGCCGUAAAAAUUAGGAUUUUGAAAAUUGCUUCACCUCUCUUUAGUCCUACGGUUUAAAAAAUGAUAACCUAAAAAUUGAAUUUGAGUCAAAAAGUCUCAAAUUUAUUUUUUUAAACAUCUAUUCAAGUCCAAACGAGAAUUUUCUACGAAAAAUCAACAAUUUUCCGACUGAAAAAUGUCUUAUUUUUUCCCAUGCAAAAAACAAAAUUCGGAAUUUUUGUCCGUUCCAGUCGAUUAUUUUCUGAAAAUUUUCACGAAACACUUUUUUCGCUCAUUUUUUGUUGUUGUUCUUUCAUUUCAUUUUUAUCAAUUAGUAUUGAUCUUCUCCGAUUUUAGAAAAAAAGACAACAAAAAACAUUUUGUGUGUGUUCCUAUCAUUCCUUUUUUCUUCUGCCUAUUUUUAUUUUUUUCUAUUUUUUGUUUCUGAAGAUGUCGACGACACUUCAAAUUUCGUCGCAACAAACUUCAACUAAAUUUUUUGAAAAAUUGCGGCGAUUAUUUUGUGGCGCGAAUUUUGCAACGACUUCAUUUGAAUGUGCAACUGUUGCAUUGAAAUCGCAACGAAAAAAUAUUGAGGAUUAUUUGGUUGAUGAUUUCCAACCGUGUGUUCAUAGACAAUUCAAAUCUGGAAAUGUUGAAAACAAGGAAAAUGAAGAGAAACGUUUGAAGAAGUAAAAAUCAGCGAGGGUUUUUGAAGCGGGGAGGGGUCAAAUAAGUCCUUUAAAAAUGAAAAUUGAAAAAUUUACAAGGGUUGUAGUCAGACCUGAGUUCAAAAAAAUCGAUUUAUUUUUGAUGUUGGUAUUUAGGAUUUUGUGAUCAGAAUUGAUGAAUGAUAUCAUUGUUAUCAUCCAUUCACGUGAAAAAUUUACUUGUGUUUUGGUUUUGAUCUUCUUAUUUUUUUGGAAACUAGUUUGGAAAUUGUUUCAAAAUUGUGAUAUUUUCACGUCAGAUUUUGUUCUAGGAAAACAUAAGAAUGCUGAAAACUUUCAGAAUCAACGUAUAGAAAUGAACAAAAAAUUAAAACUAUAAUCAACCAACAUAAAACUAAUUUUCAGUAAAAAUGAUCCAUAUUUAUAAAUAGAUCACUUAAUAUCUCACGAUCUUUCUUAAUCGUUUUAUUUUUCAGAACUGCCUCAAUUCAAGCUCUGACUGAUGUUCAAUUAUGGGUUCUCGAUCGAUCAGUUUUCCAAAUGAUCACUCAAAGAUUGGGAAUGGAAAGACAUUCACAAUGGAUGAGUUUCCUCACAAAGGUAUGUUUUUCCCCAAGUUAUCUACAUAUAAUUCCUUUAAAAAGCAACAUUUUCCGGCUCUUUCUUGCUUUCUUUUUUCAAUGAUCAUUCGAUGUGCUCCUUUUUUCGUCGUUUCUUUUGAGCGCAUUUAGAUAGGGGGUUUUAUUAAGUCGUUUAUAAAACAAAUAUGAGGGAAAUAAGAGUCAUUUCGACGCCGUCAAAAAAGUAUCUCAAACGGGGUACUGUAGAUGGGUUUUGAUAUAUUCGACACUAGAUAUUUCUAUUUUUUCUUUAUGAUAUUUUGACAGGUUUGUUUUGAGUAGAAGUAGGCUGGAAACUGGGUUCUGAAAUUAUUCUAUUUUUCCGGAGGCAUUUGUGAUGAGUUAGGUUAAGUCGGGGUAUUUGUAUUGUUUCAAAUUGAGCACAACCAUGCCCUUAUCUUGAAUAUACUCUCUUAUAACAUUACUUUAUAGGUCUCGAUCUUCGAAAAUCUGUCAGAAGAUCGAAUUUCGAAAAUGGCUGAUGUUAUGGAUCAAAAUUAUUAUGACGGAGGACAUUAUAUUAUUAGACAAGGAGAAAAAAGGAGACACAUUCUUCGUUAUUAAUUCAGGACAAGUUAAAGUAACUCAAUUAAUUGAGGGAGAAAAAGAGCCGCGAGAAAUUCGAGUUUUGAAUCAAGGAGAUUUCUUUGGAGAAAGAGCUCUUUUGGGUGAAGAAGUUAGAACAGCAAAUAUAAUUGCACAAGCACCUGGAGUUGAAGUUUUGACAUUGGAUCGAGAAUCAUUUUUGAUGUUGAUAGGUGAUUUGGAAACAUUGAAAAGAGAUUAUGGAGAUAAAGAAAGACUUGCACAAGUUGUUCGUGAACCACCAAGUCCAGUUAAAGAUGAUUUCCGUGAAGAAUUCUCGCAUGUUACAUUGAAAAAUAUCAAAAGAUUGGCGACUUUGGGAGUUGGUGGAUUUGGGAGAGUUGAAUUGGUUUGUGUAAAUGCGGAUAAAUCGAAAACGUAUGCAUUGAAAGCAUUGAAAAAGAAACAUAUUGUUGAUACGAGACAACAAGAACAUAUUUUUGCGGAGAGAAAUAUUAUGAUGGAAACAAGUACUGAUUGGAUUGUUAAGUAUGUUUUUUUAGAAAACAAGGGGAACUUGGGACUUAAAUCGAAUUUAUUUUUUACAUGAAAAAAUGUCAAGAAAAUUUGGCUCCAAAAAUCUGAAAGUUCCUCCAAUUUUUCAACACUUUCUCGUUUUGUGAAAAAGUUUAGAAUUUAAAUAUAAAAAUAUUUUUCAUUUCCAGAUUGUACAAAACAUUCCGCGAUCAAAAAUAUGUGUAUAUGCUUUUGGAAGUUUGUCUUGGUGGUGAACUUUGGACAACACUUCGUGAUCGUGGACAUUUCGAUGAUUAUACAGCUCGUUUCUAUGUUGCCUGUGUUCUUGAAGGACUCGAAUAUCUUCAUCGAAAACAUAUUGUAUACAGAGAUUUGAAACCAGAAAAUUGUCUAUUAGCCAAUACUGGAUAUUUGAAAUUGGUCGAUUUUGGAUUUGCGAAAAAAUUGGCGUCCGGUCGAAAAACUUGGACAUUCUGUGGAACACCCGAAUAUGUUUCGCCCGAAAUUAUUUUGAAUAAAGGACAUGAUCAAGCAGCUGAUUAUUGGGCAUUGGGUAUUUAUAUUUGUGAAUUAAUGUUGGGAAGACCGCCAUUCCAAGCAAGUGAUCCAAUGAAAACAUAUACUUUGAUUUUGAAAGGAGUUGAUGCGUUGGAAAUUCCGAACAGGUUAGUAGUUUUGAGGAUAUAUGAUUUUAUUUGAAAAAAAUCAGAAAUAAAACGAAGUUACGUUAUAGAUGUUUACGUGAUUUUUCUGAAGUUUCGGAAAACUUUGAUUUUAUUUAUUCAAUGAAAAUCGCAAACAAAUAUGACGUGGCAAUUUAGAAUCUAAAUAUGUUUUACAAUCAACAAAACCAGGAAUUCAAUUCCUUUGAAUAACAAAAAUCUUUUGCAGAAGAAUUGGAAAAACCGCAACUGCUUUGGUCAAAAAAUUGUGCCGCGACAAUCCGGGAGAACGUCUUGGAAGCGGAAGUGGAGGAGUUAAUGAUAUUCGUAAACAUCGCUGGUUUAUGGGAUUCGAUUGGGAAGGACUUAGAAGUCGAACACUCAAACCACCAAUUUUGCCAAAGGUAUGCUUGAAAUUUAAAACAAAAUUAAUUUAGAAUCGAGACAGUACUGAAUUGAACUGUUUCUGCAUCCUAAUUAGAAAAAAUAUACGCAGUGUGUAAUUUUCUCUCCAAAUCGCUAGACAUCAAACAUUUGAAAACGUUUCUUAGAAAAUCAAAAAAAAAUUGUCUUGAAAUUCCCGUCUUAUUAAUUUGACCUAACUCAAUUCAAUAUCUCACAAAAUAUAUUUCAAUUUUUGCAGGUUAACAAUCCAGCUGAUGUGACAAACUUUGAUAAUUAUCCACCAGAUAAUGAUGUUCCACCAGAUGAGUUUUCUGGAUGGGAUGAAGGAUUCUAA